AUGAUUAAUACUACGUUACAAUCCAUUAUAGAUUUUUUUUCAAGAAUUUACAACUGGUUUAAAAAUUUGUUUAAACGAGAAACAAAAGUAAAAACCAGCAAGAAGGCAGAUCUCAAAACCAUAUUGAUAAGAAAAGCUGAUACAAUGGACCCAUUGGAAUUUGAUAGGUCCGAUAAGGGCUCGCAAUCAGAAUCAAUCUCAAAUUAUGAUUUGCCAAGCUACAAAGGCUACAGUUCAGAUACGUCACCUCUUAACAACGAAUUAGACCAAAAAACUAUUUACGAAACAGAUGAGACAGUAUUGGAGAUCGUAGAGGAGCCAGCGUUGGAGUCUGAAGAAGGUGUGUUUGAAGAAUCAGCUGACGAGACUCCAGAACAAACCGAUGAAUUUGCUGACGAAAAAACUGACGAAUCAGAUGAAGUAUUACUCGAGUCAGAAGUUGAAGAAGUAGAUGGUAUCGAGGUUGAUUCAGAUUCAGUGGAAGCUGUCGAUGAUUCCGAGAUAGUUGAGCCUGAAGUCGAUGAUGAGGUUGCUUCGGAGUCAGUGCAAGGUGAAGAAGCGGAUGUUGAAGUCCAUUCGGAGUUAGUGGAAGACGAAGAAGAUGAGGUCGACUCAGACUUAGUGGAAGCAGGAGAAGUGGAUGUGGACAAUCUCACAACGAAAAGCGAGAGCCUGGAAACAGAAGAGCUGACAAUUCCAGUAGUAGAGUCACCAACAAAGGAAAAGAAGCCAAUCACCAGAAAGCUGAAGUGGGAGCCGAAAGCAUCAGUGCCGAAGUACGCAAUAACAAUCAACAGUAAACUUAAAGGAGAAGACCUGCUAAGCCCUAAAAUAACAACAAGAGGAAAGGCAGCAGCACUGGCACAAACACAAAUGGAUAAAAAUAAAUCCAGAGCAAAAGACAACAAGGACCAACUUAAAAAGGAACUGGAAGAAAAAAGAUCAGCAAGCGCACUAGCAAGAUCAAGAAUAGUAGAAGCAGAAAGAGCAAGAGUAGCAGCAGCGAAGCUGAAGAAAGAAGAACAAGCAGAAAAACUGAAGAGAGAAGCCUCCGACAGAUUCCAAAAAGAAAAGGAACUGAAGAUGAGAGAAAGAGCAGAAUACGAAGAGAAAAGACAAGAAAUUAACAGAGCAAGAGUGGAAGCAAUAAGGUCAAGCAAGAUUGCAAUUUAA